AAAAGACGUGAGAAAACAAGAUAUAGACUAUAUUUAAAAGGUUUACCAGACACUGGGGCUUGUAAACGGCUGCUAUAGCUUAUUGCAGACGUUAUUUUAUACUUCUAAAUUUUGUCAGCUUAUGAAAUUAAUGGCUUGCGCUAAUCCAAAUGAUUCUUCGCUAAAUGAGGAGUCAAUUUGUGUGUUAUGUUGUGACGAGUAUGAAUUCAGUGGUUGUGGACCCUGUGAUCAUCCUAUUUGUUUAAAAUGUUGUGUGAAACUGCGUAUUUUGAGAAAGGAAUACGAUUGCCCCGUAUGUCGAACGCAUCUUAAACAGGUGAUCAUAUCAAAAGGCUACAAGUUAUGGGCAGACAAGGUGAAAAAAACUGGCAAACAAAAUUACGUGCGUAUUCAUGGUAUUGUACAUGAAUCACGUGAGAGUCAAGCGGAAGUUGACAAACUUUUGGAACAUCGUUGUCCAGUAUGUGGUCAGCUAUUUCAAAGAUUUCAUCAACUAAAAGAGCAUCUUAGGAAAGAACAUUCUUUAUGGUAUUGUGAUAUAUGCGUACGACAUCUGAAGAUUUUUACCCAUGAGCGGAAAUGUUAUACUCGGGAAGAUUUGGUACGUCACCGCAAGGAGGGCGAUGCCGAUGACCGAUCUCAUCGCGGGCACCCAGCAUGCCGUUUCUGUGACGAACUCUUCCUCGACAACGACGAACUUCUGUUGCAUCUUCGGAAGAAUCAUUUUUGGUGCCAUAUUUGUGAGAAGGACGGAAGCCAGGAUUAUUACCGGGACUAUAAAGAUUUACGAGAACAUUUCAAGCAUGCGCAUUAUCUCUGUGAGGAAGGCGAUUGUGCUCGUGAGAAAUUCACGAACGUGUUUCGAAUGAAAGUUGAUUAUCAGGCUCAUAUAGCACAAAAACACUCCGACAGGUUGUCAAAGGCAGAGGCUCGAAAGAUGCGACAGUUGGAUGUUAACAUAACGUUUUCAUCUAGGUUGAAUAAUGAUGGUUUAGUUUCUGGUCAGGCUUUUGGUUGUCUACAUUCAUCGUAUGAAAGACCUCAUGAACGAUCGAGAAUGAACAGUGGAGCGACUGGCUACAAUUAUGACUACCAGGAUUCUAGCAGAAGUAAGUUCAAAAAAGGAAGGGAGAAAGAUUCUCAAAAUCGUCCAAAACAACGAGAUGUCAAACGGGAUGAAACGGAUCAGGAACGAACCAAAAUUGAACGUCAUGUAAGAAAGAACUUUGGGAAUUCGCAAGGAAAUCUUUUGGAUGACAAUCGUUUGGGGCCUGGGGAUAACUUAGAUGAUAAAUUAUCAAAGGACGGGAAGAACUCUGGCAAAAUGACCAAAGGAAAAGUUGGGAAUUCAAAAAAGAGGGGUAAAUUAGCUUCUAGUGAUGUGAAAGAGAAUAAUCAUGUUGAUAAACCUUCUAGUCGUAAUAACAGGAAUAACUUUAUGGAAAAUUCCUCGGAAGCUCAUGCUGAUAAACUUUCUAGUCGUAACAACAGGAAUAACUUCAUGGAAAAUUCCUCGGAAGUUCAUGUUGAUAAACUUUCUAGUCGUAAUAACAGGAAUAACUUCAUAAAAAAUUCGUCGGAAGCUCAUAAUCAUGACAAUUUGAAAAUGAACGAUGUCGAAUCUACGUUCUCUAAGGAUUCUUUUUCAUCUGGAGCCUGUAGCAAUGAUGAGAUACGCGAACGUUCCAAAGAAAUUCAUUCUUCUAAGGUCAAAAAUUUUCCACAAAAUGUCGAAGAUCUGCCAUGCUCGUUAACUCGUGAAAAUGAAAAAGAACUUCCAGUUUAUAAUACUGAUUUUCCUUCGUUAUCAAAUUCCACUUCCACUUCCACGAGUUUUUUAGGUAGUAAAGAUCUACAUGUACUGGAUGGUUCACAAAGACUUAGUAACCCACCUGGACUCGGUGACCCACGGGGGUCAAAUGGACCAUCUAUGCGUUGCAAACCACCUGGACUCGGUCCUCCCGGACUUGGACCUUUUGAAGUAAAUGAUCCCUCUACCGGACCACGUGGCUCUGAUAUACCCACUUCACUUGGCAUGCCACCUGGAGUGAACAUGCCUCCCGGAUUUAAUGGAUCACCUAGUUUUUCUGUGCCCCGUGAUUAUCCUACAAAUUAUGAGAAAGAUAUCCAGACUAAACUCAACUCUAAAGGAGAUUUGUCAAGUGUUGUUCACGAUGUCAAUAAGUCUUAUGUCAAAGGCAAAAAGCCAAUAGACGAUCUAUCCAUUAAAACUAAAACCUCAGCUAAAAAGUCAAAAACUGAUCGUAUUACCAAUACGGUAAAUCCGACAUAUGAUAGCGAUUUUCCUUCACUUUCUGGUUUGACAAACGCCCCAAAAUCGUCGGUUGGAGCUCCUGUUCGUCCACCCCCUGGAAUGGGAUGGUCCGUUCCUCUUAGUAUAGCUAGCAAUGGUUGUGAGAAGAUGAGCCGGACUCAAGUUUUAGUCAAAGAAAUUCGUCGUAUUUUGAAUCUAAGAAAUGAGAGUUUUGAUCAAUUUAAGGAUUUUAACCAACGCUAUCGACAGGGGAAAAUGAAUGCUGAAGAUUACUUUGAACAAUGUUCUAAAAUGCUUGGUGAAGAUAAUAUUUGUAAAAUUUUUGGAGAAUUGAUUAGUUCGUUGCCCGACGAAGAGAAAAAGACUAAGCUGUUGCAGGUUUAUAAUGAUGCAAAAGUAAAAGCGAAAUCAAAAAUGGUUUAAGAGGGAAAAUUGUUGAUAAUUUUAAAAGUCCGUCGAACGAUCUGAUGACGUCUGCCUCCCAUGCCCAGGCCUCCAAUGUCCAGGCCGUGAUACAAGAGGAUUUUCCAUCCCUUCCCAAAGCAAAUGGGAUUAAAAAUAAACCGAUUGCAUAUACAUCUAAUGUAUGGUCACGAAAGGCAGCUGGCUCGUGAGUCUUACAACGCCAUUUUGAUAUACCUCAUUCGUUCCCAAGCUUUUUCUAGUGUCUACCAAAAUAGUCAUGAGAACGAGACUGGAGCUUGUUCUUCAUUGGGACGAAUUUGAACGAUGUUCACACAAAUUAAUUUUCAUCGAGGAAAAUUCUUCGUCUAACAGAGUUUAAAUGUAUGAAUGUGUAAUUUAACGAGUGUAGUUCAAGAUUUGACGUGGUUUUGACAUUGUUGAAAUUUAUAGACCGAAUUGUGGUGCUGUCAACCUCGAAGUAAUGGAAAGUCUCUCGAUAGUGGGAAACUGAAUAAAUAGAAUAAUUAACGAGUGAAAUAAUUAAAGGUCUCGCUAUAAAA